AAAUAUUACUAACUUUUGCUUCUCAUAGAGAGAGUGUGUGUGGACACGUGUGUUUACAUACACGUCAGCAGGAAAUAACACUACCUUCGCCAACAUGAUCAGACAGGACUCUCUGGGUGAAGUGCCAUUAUUUCAUGAGGAUGAAACUGCAUUUAGGCAGAAGAAAUCAAAUAUCAAACACCCUCUGGCCUGUUUCUUUCACCUUUUCUUCCGCACGAGUGCAGUCAUGAUCUACCUCUUUUGCGAGUUUCUCAGCCGAAGUUUUAUUGGCAACAUGGUCACCAUCAUUUUACUUCUGUCAUGUGACUUCUGGACAGUAAAGAACGUGACGGGACGGCUGUUGGUGGGCUUGAGAUGGUGGAAUCAGGUUGAUGAAGACGGUCGCAGUCAAUGGAUGUUUGAAUCCAGAUCAGAAGCCAGUAAAAAGGUGGUCUCAAACUCUGAAUCCCGCAUUUUCUGGUUCGGUCUGAUCGUGUGUCCGGUGUUUUGGGGCUUCUUUGUGUUCAGCUCCCUUUUGUCCCUCAACAUAAAGUGGUUGGCGGUUGUGAUAAUGGGAGUUGUGUUGCAGUGGGCUAACCUGUACGGAUAUGUGAGAUGUAAAGUAGGCGGUGGAACUAAACUGAGGAACAUGGCAACGAACUACUUCGGCUUUAAGCUCUUCAAAAAGGUAUUAAACCAACCGGAGGGACCCUGAUGUGACGUGGCUGACCGAAUGUUAUUGACUAGCGUCUGUUUUUCAAUCUAAUCAUUGUCAUUUCUUAUGGUAAAUUAUUAUUUCUUCAUGUUUCCACUGAAAAGAUUUUCUUUCUUUUUUGCUUAAAUGGUCAAACUGUGUUUGCGUUUACAUACAGACCUAUCAGUAUGUGACUGUUUGUUGGAUAAUAAUUUGUAUAUAUUCAAAUUAAAUGUAUAAUUUCAGAUAA